AUGUCAUCGAAUGAUUUUCCUCCAUUAAAGAAUGAUCUCAUUCUUCGUGUAUGUCGUGGUGAAUCCGUCGAGCGUGUUCCUAUUUGGAUAAUGCGACAAGCUGGCCGUUACUUACCGGAAUACAAAGCAGUUAGUGCUCAACAUUCAUUUUUCGAAGUAUGUCGUACACCGUCACUUGCAUGUGAAGUUACACUUCAACCCGUCCGUCGAUUUGAUCUCGAUGCUGCAAUUAUUUUCAGCGAUAUUCUCGUUAUACCUCAGGCACUUGGCAUGCAAGUGGAAAUGGUUGCAAACGAAGGUCCUUGCUUUCCUCAACCACUAAAAACGCCCGAUGAUAUCAAUACAAAACUUGAUCGUACACGACAAGCUAGCGUUGAAUUGAAGUAUGUCUACGAAGCUAUUACAUUAACGAGACGUACACUCGAUGGACAAUGUCCAUUGAUCGGAUUCAGUGGUGCUCCGUGGACAUUGAUGUCGUACAUGAUCGAAGGAAAGGCUAGUUCGACGAUGUCUAAAGCGAAACGAUGGUUAUAUAGUUAUGAAAAAGAAUCACAUGAUCUUCUUGGCAUUCUCGCAAAGUUUAUUAUUGAUCACCUUGUCGAACAAAUCGCUGCUGGUGCUCAACUUGUUCAAUUAUUUGAAUCGCAUUGUGCUUGUUUAACACCGGAUUUAUUCAAUCGCUUCUCGUUACCAUAUUUGUCUCAGAUUGCAAAAGGUGUUCGUGAUGAACUUUCCAAACGGCAAAUCGCUUCUGUCCCAUUUAUUGUCUUCGCUAAAGAUGCACACUACGGUCUUCAAGAUCUAUCAUCGACUGGUUUAUUUGACGUGAUCAGUUUAGACUGGACUAUAACAUCUGCAUGUAUCAAAUCGUUAAGAAAUGAAAAUUCAAAACUAGUUCUUCAAGGCAACCUUGAUCCAUGUGCACUCUACUCAUCAAAAGACAACUUAGAAAAGACGGUUCAUGAAAUGCUACAAGUGUUCGGUACGAAACAAUACAUUGCUAACUUAGGCCAUGGAAUCUAUCCAGAUAUGUCUGUGGACAAUGUCAAAUGGUUUAUCGAUGCUGUUCAUGAGAUUUCCAAAGGGAUGAAUAAUGAUAGUAAUGCAAACAAAUCGUUAUAG